AUGUGUUCCUUCCGCACACUGGUGAAUUUCGGCGCUUUGGCACUCGCAGCAGGGCAUGGCCAGCUGACUGUGCCGACGGUUCGAGGGGACUCACUGGGACGCCGGGAAAGCCAUGAACAAAGGGCCCCUGUCUACACACUUGAUGGCAAUCGGGGCGGUUACUCUCCCACAAGCAUGCGAUGUCACGAUUUCAACCCAGACUCAGACGGACCGAAGACCACUCUGCAAGCUGGGUCCUCCUUUGAUGUGACCUGGACCAUGGAGGCCGGACACCCUGGCGACUGCUACUUCUAUGUCAGCUACGAUCCCGAUCCCAGCAAUGUGGCUAACUUCUUCAAAAUUGCUGCAUUCCCGGGCUGUGGUGCACCGGAUGGACUAAACAUCCCGUCGUCUGUCAGCACUUCAGUCCUCCUUCCCGCAGAACUGCCGGCCUGCGAGCACUGCGUGCUGCGUUGGGAGUGGACCGGGCAUCAGCAGGUUGUCAAUAUCGAAUUUUAUGUCCAGUGUGCGGACAUCAAGAUCGCCAGCAGCGCUCAACCUGUGCUGCCUUCACCAAUGACGCCGAUCUCGGGCAUUGAGCAUCUGCCACAGGGUGCUGAAGGAUACCGCAAGGUAUACAACGGUCAGGGCCCAGAGGAGCAGUACCUCGUGGGACCCGCCAUAGCGACCUACAGCUCCUGCGACGCGAACACGCCAGGUUGCCUGGGCUUGGGAAUAGCGCCGAUUCCGACUGACUCGACGUCGCCAUCUGCAGUGACCUCCACGACAUCGGAGACUUCAGUCGUCACCUCGCCGUCUGAAGCAGGAUGCACAUGUACUCCGAGCACUGAAUGGACGGGGGACUUCAGCCAGUAUGCUUCGGAUCAGGACUUCUGCAGCCAGAACUUCGGCGGCUCCAACCCUUGGAUAUCUGCCGGUGGUGGGCCGGGCACCUCUGGUGGAUUCAGCGGGGCCGGCCCUUGCACCUCUGGACAAUACAACUUCCAGGAGGAUGGCAGCUGGCACAUCUUGGCUGGGCAGGAAGCUCUGGGUGUGAUGCCCUAUCGAGCUUUCGCAUAUGCCCAGUUCUGCAAUGGCAAAGCAUAUUCCGAGUGCUGGACCACUGGCGCAGCUGCCUUUAGCUUCUCCUUGAUGGUUCGUGGUGUGAGCCAGACUGGAGCCUUUGUCAAAGUUCUGUUUUGGACCGACUCCGGCAACAUCCUGGGGCUGGUGCCUCCAAGUCAUCCGAAAGGUGAAGGUAAGCUCCGACUCGUUGCCUUCAUGACCGAUGAUUAUCCGAAUUCCUGGGACUUCGAGCUGGAGAUCUCUGAGUCUACGUGGUACCAUAUCCAGGUUGCUUUCCAAGCGUCGACAGGCGCUGCAGAGAUCUCCGUGAAUGGUGUGGUCUUGGGUUCAGGAACCUUGCCGGUAAACAUGCUUGCAGCGACCACCGGACCGCAAAUCGGAAUUUAUUCCUUUGACUACGGGACGAGCUGGCCUGCCGAGGGUGUCGUCUUGUCUUUGGCAGAUGUCUGCAUUGGAGAAGUUGCUGGAAGCUGUCGUUCAGGUGUCAUCGCCUCUCCAACUGAAACGGUAGCUUCAACGGCAUUGUCAACGACGGCUGCAGGCGCAACAUCAGGCAGGCAACCACCCCACGAAGACAUUGUGGCCUGCAGCGUAGCCAUGACAGCGGACUUAGUCAGUCUUUGA